AUGGCAUUCCAGGCCACCCCGAGAGACAUCACUGUCAUCAUUACCACUCCCACUUCGGGAUCCAAUGCGCAACCACAAUUUCACUCGGAACGCCGCGUCACUCCAACAUGGACCCUCAUGCAGCUAAAAUCCAAGUUGGAGACCAUGACUGGCAUACCCCCAUCUGGUCAGCGUUUGUGGCUUAAGACGCCCACCCUUUCUGGUCAAUGGAUUGACGGAGAUGACACCAUGGUUGGUGACUGGGGCGUGAUGAAAGGCUGUGAGAUUGAGGUCCAUGACUCCCGACCCCAGUCUACAAGGCUAAACUUCGAUGAUCUAUCAUCAGUGGAGAAGUAUGUGCUUCCCACGGAGACCUACGAGUCUCUUUCUAACUCAGUCUUGGCCUGGAAAAAAAACCAAAAACUUGGCCGAUUUGACCCAAAUGCUGUAACACCGGAAGAAUCGAUGCACAAACAGGCAGAACAAGAUGCUAGGGAGAUCUCAGACAGAGGAAUUGUGGUGUCGAAGCGUGCAAUCAUCCUUCCAUCCUCCCCGCCACAUAUUCGGCGAGGUAUCGUCCGCUAUGUCGGCCCGGUGCCCACAAUUCCCUACCCUGGCGUAAAUGCCAAAUCGGAAUUUGAAGAGGCUGAAUCCGGUUUUUUGCCCAUUUGGGUAGGAAUUGAGCUCGAUGAACCAAUUGGGAAAAAUGAUGGUAGUGUGGGUGGGAAACGUUUUUUUACCUGCCCCAGCAAGACUGGUGUUUUUGUGAAACCAGAGAAGGUUGAGGUAGGAGACUUUCCUCCUUUGGAGCUGGACGAUAACCUAGGCGAGAUGGAAGAACUAUAG